UUAUCCUGCAGUCAAAUGAUGGUGUUUUUUCCACCAUGAUGCUCAUCGUCGCUAGCAGAUACGGAAUAUUGAACGGCGAUAGUGAUAAUGAUAAUCCACCGAUAUCGGACUCUUUUUCUUUUCUCUCAAGCGCGUCGCGUGAUGAAAACUGCAUAUAAAACUGAAGAUGACAACACAGCAGAGCAUUAUUGUUUUGAACGCACGUGUACGUUUCACUCUCGGGUAGACUAUGUCUUCGUCCGACUCGAUCGUUCGGGAAAACGCCUGUGCGGUAACAGGAUUCAACAGUGUACAAUUUCCCGAGAUAAUCGACGACAAGAUAAAUACCGAGGAGUUCCUGCUCGCCGCUCGCGAUGUCGUGCGGACGGUCGAUAAAUUUGGCAAACUGUUUGCGCCCGUGCGAUACGACAUGCAGGGCAACAUCGACAAGCUCACGACUAGAUAUUCCAUGGAUAAAGCCGCUAACUCGACACUGCAAGACAUGAUUUUGCUCGAGAAAUCUAUGGAAAAAGACCUCAUUGCGGUUGAUGCCUUAAUGUGGUUAAGAAGGGCCUUACAUAUGGUUUUGCUAUUCUUCGAAAGGAUCGUGGAGACUCACAAAGUCGAGGAAGCAACGGAAGACCUGGUCGCAUUCUUGAGAGAAGCCUACAAAGAAACUUUAGAGCCAUAUCACGGUUGGAUGGCACAGCAAUUGUUUAAUCUCUUAUCACGUAUGACGCCUUCCCGUUCACAACUGUUGCUAGCACUAGCGGAUGGCGAAGCGGGGAAGGAAGAAAUUACGUUGAAUAACAUGAAACUAUUCUUGGUAAACCUGAGGAAGAAUGUGAUAGCUUUGAAGACCUUUUACAACGAGCAAAAUCUAGAAGUGGACACAUAAGAUGUGGUGUAACAUAAGAUAUAUUACAUCGUAGCUCAAUAUUAUGUUUUUGUUAAAAAACGUGACACGCGGUCCUUUGUCUACUGGAUGCCUACUGGAAAUGGCUGUUGCAGAAGCCAAUAAGUGCUCCGUUCGACGUUUCUGCAAAUCUGAGGCUCUUCUUCUGAGUGGUUCUCACAAACAAUCCAGUAGACAAAGUAGAGUAUCGUGUGCCGCUGGUUUAAGUUAACACCCCUAAAAUAGGAAAGUACAACGAAGUUAAAAGAAACUUUGCAUAUUUAUUUUGCAUUAAAUCGUAAAUUCUUAUUUAUUAAUUUCUGUAGAUUUUUCAAGUACAAAGAUUAGUUCUUAUUCAAAUGUAACAUAUCAUUCGUAUUCAUGUUACAUUAAGUCUUUUUAGCAUGUUAAUGAUGCAAUAACACUGUCAGCGCAAUAACAUUGCCAAAUUUUGAAAUAAAUAGAGUGAAUACACAAUA